GAAGGCUUCUUAAAGCUUAUUAAAGGAGCCGAAGAGAUGCUACACGAAAAUAUGCUUAUUAAAGCCCGGGUUAAAGAGCUUAAAGAGCAACUAGCAGAGAUAACCAAGCGUAAAGGUUGUAAAAGAAAGCGAAUCCAGACUGGCGGUAUAAUAGAGUAUGGUACAGCAGCGUUGUAUGUAGCUGCUGAAGUGUCUGGAGCAUCUAAUCCACGGAAAAAGGUGGGUAGUAGAGAUGGUGCAAAUAGGGCUCUACCAGCUCAACGGCGCUGUGGAAACUGUGGAGAGGCUGGGCACAAUGCGCGUACGUGCAAAAAGGAUUAA